GCCAAUAAAAAAUCAACAAAACCAAACAUCAUGGAACAGCAGCAGCAGCAGCCCAUGGGUGUGCUCAUGACAUACCCAAUGUCUUCAUACCUCGAACAACAACUCGACACCCGCUUCAACCUCUUCCGUCUCUGGACCAUCCAAAACAAACCCGACUUCUUCAAACACAAUUCCGCUUCCAUCCGAGCCGUUGUCGGGGACACUAACAUCGGUGCAGACCGACAACUCAUCGACUCGUUACCCGGUGUGGAAAUCGUGUCAAGUUUUAGUGUUGGGUUGGACAAGAUAGAUUUGGGGUAUUGUAAGGAGAAAGGGAUUAGAGUUACCAACACGCCUGAUGUCUUGACAGAUGAUGUUGCUGAUAUCGCCAUUGGUUUGAUAUUAGCCACGUUAAGACGGAUUUGUGAAUCUGAUCGCUAUGUUAAGGCUGGAUUCUGGAAAAAGGGUGAUUUCAAGCUGACUACCAAGUUUACUGGCAAAAAAGUUGGAAUAAUUGGUUUGGGCAGAAUUGGCACAGCUAUUGCUAAGAGAGCUGAAUCAUUUAACUGUUCCAUUAGUUACCAUUCUAGAUCAGAGAAACCGGAAUUCAAAUACAAGUACUUUCCCAGUGUUGUUGAAUUGGCUUCCAAUUGUGAUAUCCUGGUUGUGGCAUGUUCACUGACAGAAGAAACCCGUCACAUUGUUAACUGUGAUGUCAUUGAUGCAUUGGGUCCAGAGGGGGUUCUUGUUAACAUUGGGAGGGGCGGACACGUAGAUGAACCUGAAUUGGUGUCUGCUCUUGUUGAAGGCCGGCUAGGUGGUGCCGGUCUUGAUGUUUUUGAGCAUGAACCUGAGGUGCCCGAGGAGCUCUUUGGUCUUGAUAAUGUAGUCGUUUUACCUCAUGUUGGGAGUGACACAGUGGAAACUGGAAAGGCGAUGGCUGAUCUUGUCGUUGGGAACCUAGAGGCUCAUUUUAACAAGAAGCCACUGUUAACUCCAGUAGUUUAGAUCUGGAUCAGUUAUACUUUUUUCUUUGCCUUUGUAUCGCGUGAGAAGGAUAAUCUUGUAAUCUUUUUCAUUGUUGUAUACUUGAUAAGGCAAGCAAUCUUUUGAGUGAAAUGAACUCGUGUUUGUUUUUUUUA